AUGCAGCUUUCUUCCCAGAGUGAACUGACCUGGACACGCAGCAUGCACAACAGCAGUAGUGAAGCUCUGCAUACAACUGGAACGUGUAACGAGACAGCAUCCUCACAGCCACCCAGCUCAGAGUUCUCGCUGGCUGUGCUGGUGCUCCUGGCUGUCCUGAUGGUGCUGCUCACUCUGAUCACAAUCCUUGGAAACGCCUUGGUGAUCCUUGCUUUCAUAGUGGACCGCAACCUCCGGCAUCGGAGUAAUUACUUCUUUCUCAAUCUUGCUAUUUCUGACUUUGCAGUGGGUGCUUUUUGUAUACCUUUGUACAUCCCUUACAGCCUGACAGGGAAGUGGUACUUGGGAAGAAGCCUGUGCAAGCUCUGGCUGGUUAUGGACUAUCUUGUGUGUACAGCUUCAGUGUUUAAUGUUGUCCUUAUCAGCUAUGACCGUUUCCUGUCAGUUACGAAAGCUGUAUCUUACAGAGCCCAGCAGGGAGUGGCCUCCAGCCCUGUGGUCAAGAUGGUAGCCAUCUGGGUCUUGGCCUUCCUCCUCUACUGCCCGGCAAUUCUCUUCUGGGAGCACGUGGCCGGCUGCAGUGUGGUUGCAGAGUGGCAAUGCUAUGCCGAGUUCUUCGACAACUGGUACUUCCUCCUGUGCGCCUCCACCUUGGAGUUCUUUGUGCCGCUCGUCUCCGUGACCUAUUUCAAUGCACACAUCUUCUGGAGCAUCCAGAAGCGCCAGAGACGUGGCAGCAUGCAGGAGGAUGAACCUCCAAAGAGCGGCAGCUUGUCUUGGAGAUCUUGCCUGUUGCCGAGUCAAGGAGUGUCUUCUUCAGAAGCAGAGGACAGCACUUCUUCCUCUACGAGGCCAAAGAAAGAGUCUUUGGUAACUGAAAGCUCCUAUCUGUCCAGAGGCAAUUCUGUAACCCCAGAGACUGAUCUCUCUGCUUCUUUCCGUGCAAAGACCAGGUCAAAACUGCAACGGGACAAGAAAAUUGCAAAGUCGCUUGCCAUAAUUGUGUGUGUCUUUGCCAUUUGCUGGGCCCCAUAUACAUUACUGAUGAUUAUUCGUGGAGCCUGCAAAGGAACAUGCGUCCAUAACUCCUUGUAUGAAAUUACCUUUUGGCUUUUGUGGCUCAAUUCAUCUUUGAACCCAUUUCUCUACCCUCUCUGCCAUAUGAGGUUUCGAAUGGCUUUCAUGAAAAUAUUAUGUCCCAAAAAGUUUGCAACAUUGCAAUCACAUAACACACCUUCUUUUUAGGGAAUUAAAACAAAAGACUUACAGAUAAGAUUCCUCUCUUGUUUAGUGAUAAUUUUUUAUAUCUUCAGCAGAAAUACAGGAAAAACUGUUUUUCACUGAUGGUAUUGGUUGAGAGUGCAGUAGAGACAUGUACUUGCCCUGUUUUUUUUUCUCAACUUGUAUCACACCAAGAAAAACACCAUCUAGUGCAAAGAAAAGUGUAACAAUAUUUUGCUGGGUGUGCUUUUUGUGGUGAUUGCAGGUUUGAAGUGCUUUUUUAUUAUUAUUUUUUUAUAUAUAAAAAUGAGACAAAGAAAUAGCUCUUCUCUAGAUAGCUGCAUAGAUGUUCACUGAGGGAGAUAUGUGUUUGUGUGUGAGUGUAAGACUCCC